AUGUUAAAAUAUAUCUUCCUCGGUAUUGGAGGAUCAGUAAGUGGAUGGAUGUUUAGAGAUGUAAUUGUACAGCUAGCUAAAAAUAUAAAUAGUGAAAAUGCAUUGUUAAUAAAUAAAUUUGUUUGUAGUAAAGAUGAUUUUUAUACUAGUAUAUUCAGUGAUUUGAAAUAUUGUUUUGAUUCAUUAGAAUUGAAACCAGGUUUUAAUAAUUAUAAUAUUUAUUUAAAAGAAGAUGAUUAUUUUUUAGAAACAUUAUAUAUGGAAAAAUGGACUAGUGUUCAUAAUAUGAAUGAAUAUAUAAAUAGUGAUGAAAAUAAAAAGAAAUUAUAUGAUCUGAAGAAUAAAAAUAUAUUUUUUUCUCCAACCUUAUUUGUAUUGUUAAAAAAAUAUAGUGGGUCUUCUACACCAGAAUAUUUGAAGGUAUUUCAAGAUGGAUAA